AUGGAUUUAUUUCCUCAAUCUGAAGCCUAUGUUAAUUGGGAUGUGCUUUCUGACCACUGCUUUUGUAUCAUUAAAGCCAUAACAACAUUGAACUCAGGAAUAAAACCAUUCAGAUUUUUCAAUAUGUGGGCUAACCAUGAUGGCUUUAGGGAAAUUGUUUUGCAGAGCUGGUCUAAGCCGAUAAAGUCUCACGGUUUAGAGAGAAUAAUGAGGAAAUUGGUGAGAGUUAAACAUGUCCUUUGCCAGUUUAACAUAAGGGAAAUUGGUGAUGUUGUUCACAAGUAUGCUAUAGCUAAGGAGAACUACCAAUCUGCCCAAUGUCAGCUCCAAAAGGACCCUCAUUCAUAUGAUCUUCAAAGAAAGGAAAGGUCUACUUUUGAGGUUUUUUCUAGCCAAUCUAGAUACUAUGAAAGCUAUCUUAGACAAAGAAGCAAAAUUAACUGGCUUCGGUUUGGUGAUGAUAACACUGCCUAUUUUCAUGCGUGUUUAAAAGAGAGGAAGGCUACUAAUCGUAUCACCUCUUUUAUUGAUGAUGAUGGGCAGAUUAAUGAUAAAUUUGAGGAUGUAGUGGCUCAUUUUUUGAAUCAUUUUCGAAGUAUUAUGGGCAGUCAUAGUUCAACUUCUGAUCCUAUUCAAAGAGAGUGUUUUAUUCAUGGAGGUAUCUUGUCUUUGGAUCAACAUCAUAGUUUGAUGAAACCUUUCACCAAGAAGGAUGUGGAAGCUGCUAUGUUCAGUAUUAAUUCGAUUAAAAGCCCGAGUCUUGAUGGAUAUGGUUCGGGUUUUUUUAAAGUUAUGUGGAAAGAUUUGGGAGGAGAAAUAUCUGAUGCCAUCUUGGGAUUGACUAAGGUUCUUCCUCUAUUAAUAAAUCCAAAUCAAGGAGCAUUUGUCAAGGAUAGAUUGUUGGCUCAUAACAUUCUCAUCUUUCAGGAUAUUAUUAAAGGAUACAAGAGGAAAAAUAUCUCCCCUAGAUGUGUGAUGAAGAUUGACCUUAGGAAAGCAUAUGAUACUAUAGAUUGGCCAUUUUUGGAGGACAUUCUUAGUGGUUACUGUUUUCCAAGUCGAUUUAUUUGCUGGGUUAUGAUCUGUUUGAAGGGCACAUCUUACUCUAUUUUGAUGAAUGAUAGAUUACAAGGGAGCUUUAUUGGUAGAAAAGGUCUAAGACAAGGGGACCCUAUAUCUCCCUUGCUGUUUGUUCUUGUCAUGGAAUACUUAACUCGUCUUCUUGUUCAAGCUUCUUAUAGAAAGGAUUUCAGAUUUCAUCCUAAUUGUAAGAAGCUGAAAUUAGUAAGCCUAUGUUUUGCUGAUGAUUUGGUGUUGUUUUGUAAGGGAUCUUCUAGUUCGGUUCAGAUUAUCAAAGAGUGUUUCACUUCUUUUAGUCUUGCAUCUGGUUUAACAGCCAAUAUGGCUAAAUCUCAGGUCUAUUUUGGGGGUUUGACAGAGGAGGAUUCAAAGAAUAUUGUGACUAGGCUUCAAUUUAUGAAGGAAUUUCGGGAGUAUAAGAUCAAAAACGAUGUGAGUUGGUACUGGAGAAAGCUUGUCAAUUUGAAAUCAGUCAUCUCUCUUGGUGAUCUGGAGGAUGCAGUAAAGAACAGUAAACUUAAUAUGAGAAGGCUCUAUUUUCAGCUGCUGAAUAAGGAGAGAGUUCAUUUUGCUAAUGAAACUCAUGCCCAUAUGUUUUUUGAUUGUCUCUUUUCUCAUCAAGUUAGAUCAAAAGUUGCUUCUUGGCUGGGAAAUGAUAUAUGGCCAGUUAAGUAUGAAGAUUGGUCCACUUGGAUGAUUGGGAGACCAAAAGGUCUUAAGCAAAAAAUAGCAGCAGCAGCACUGGCUGCAUCAGUUUAUGCAAUUUGGUGGAAUCGUAAUUCUUGUAUGUUUAGAUUUUAUGCUAUGACAGUAGAUAGUAUAGAUCACUUGAUCAAGUCUUGUUUGAAAGCUAGAAUUUUAAGACUUCUUAGGACAAAGUUUGGGAAAAAAGAUAUAGCUAUUGUUGAGAAGUUGGACCAAUUGUAA